AUGGGACUUCUUGACUCUGACAGCGAAGGCAGCUACAGCGAGGAUGAGGUCUCCUUUGAAGGCGACAGUGGCGCCUUUGGAAUGCCAACUCUCAAGCGGGGUGUUUCUGGAGCGAGCACCAACAGUACCAUAUCGGUAACGGAAGGCACUUUGGAGGAGCGACUGAGUGCUGUGAUGAAUCUCAAGACCGACCUGGGCGUGGACGAUGAUCCCGACAUCCGUGCCAGACAAGAGCACAAAGAUGCUCUCCUGAGGGCUCAAGAAGAGGAGCGCAAAAAGCUUGCAGCCAUGACCACCAAUGAGAGGAUUGCCUAUCAAAAGGAUAGUGUUGGCAGUAUGAUGGACAAGAUCCGAACUACAAGGGCAAGAUCAAAGUCGCCCGUUAGGCCAAGUACGGGGAAGCGUAAUGGCAUGAAUGACAGCAGUCACUCCAGUGGAGGAAAGAUGAAUGACAGCAGCCGUGUCAGUGCCGGCAAUUUGAGUACAUCCAUGCAUAGUCUCAGUGAUGACGAGGCCGACGAGUUUCUGAAGCUCAGGGAAAAGAAGAACAGAAGGAAGAAGAGAGCAGGCAAAAAGCCCGUCAAUAAGAAGGCUGGAGCUCCUGCUGCUCCUGUAAAGGCCUAG